AUGACGGACUCUAACCGUCAGGCCUUGAUCGCGGCCUUUACCUUCGGAUUGGUCGCACACGCUGGUACCGCUGCUAUCUUUCUGGUCAGCAAACGUGCUUCCAAGAUCAUCCGAGAUGCACCGAGGCUGGCCCUCAUCGCUUUCCUUAUUUCUUCAACCCUUUGGGCCCAAAUACAAUUUGGUGCCUUCUUACUUAAUACCAACUCUACUUCAGGCUGUCAGGUUAUGAUCGUCUUUGCAUCAACAUUUGACCAGUUUGCUCGAGUAUGCAUGCAGCAGAGUUUAAUAUGGAUCUUCAGCACGCUCAGCCUUGCCUCUCUUACUGAAGUGGGAGUUAUGCAAGGAUUCAUCGUCCUUCGACUUAUCCUCGGUGGUAUCUUUGUUGGCUUUCAACGCCCACAGCUCGAGACUGUCUGCGUGACAAUGACUGUGGUUCUGCCGGUUGGAAUCACCGUCUCUGUCACAGACACUGCUUUCAUGGCCUUCCUUCUGAUGAGAGUCAUCUCUCGCGGAACCAACUCCGACAGCCAAAAAGGAUCCAUCACUUCCACCCAGUCCCGUGCGGUCGCACUUAUUGUAUUGGGCUACAUCAUCUGGACAGGAGCUAGUGCUCCUCUGAUGCUGAGUAUUGGACCGAUGCCUAUAGUUGCACGCACAACUGUGCCUGCGAUCGGUCUUUUGAUCUUGAUUGGCCUUCUCACUUUCUUCCAACAUCUGCUGUUUCCCAACGACAACAAAUCCGUGCAGUCGACAAACGUACCCGACUUUGAUGCUUCGCGAAACUUCGAUCCUCGAUACAUGUCCACAACCGACACCCGUGGUUUCAACUACCAAGAUGACAUGGCGACGACAACAAGAGGCGACUUCACGGGAAUGUCUAAACCCUUACCAAUCGCAUCAGAAUCAGAACAACUACCGACAAUUUCGAUGCCUGCUGCCGGACAAGCAAAUCUUGGAAUGGGUGGUGUUCCAGUAUUGGGCCAACUGUUCCCCCUGCCCAAGAAUCAGGCAGUCCCGACUUCCUCAGAAUCGAUCGAGGUCCACCAAGCGAUCACUGAGCAGACGAUGAUGAACAGAUGGGACUCUGGACCGACCUGGGACGAAAUGGCCCCAGAAGUGGAAACGACCAACUCUGUGGAAUCCGGAAAAACGUUUGAUAAUGCGAAUACUCAAAUCGCUCGACCCAAGGACUUGGAUGGCACCGCAAAACCAUCACCGGAGCCAGAACUUGCAGCUACCACCUCCGCUUUCUUGUCACCUGGAAUGGAGGGAGUUCGUCGACGAUCACCUCGCCAAUCUCCUCGACUCUUGCCAUCGCCAGCCUUGUCUCUCUUCCCACGCUCCCCUCGUGCCGCUUUUACUCCGAAGACAGCUCAAGCACAAACGCCCAUCAAGUCCACAGAAGAGACCAUUGUUAACUUCUCCUUGCCUGUCAAAGCACAGUCGUUGCACCCGCAUCAUCCAACCAAGCACCAGCCUCCGAAGUCCGCACCGCUGGCCGCUAUACCCAGGAGCAACGCUAGUGAGAUCCUGAGCAAGAGAGAGGAUUCUGCACGAACAAUUUCUGUCGUUCACAGGCCGCGACCUAUUCCUAGAAAGUCCAACAUUCACCGUGCCCUUUUCCCUGCUGAAAACCUCCAGCACCACAAGCGAUCGGUAUCGUGUGGCGCCGUUCUUUCCAAGCAGCCACUGGAUACCCCGGCAGCCAUCGAUUAUGAUCUAUCUCGACUGAACGAAUUGGCUACUGUCUUGGCCGCUAACGUACCAACUCAAACUGAGACAAGCCACCGUAGCACGCGUCGACGAUCACGGUCGAUGGGCCAGCUCCCGAUAAUGACAGCUGAUCUUGAGCUAUUGCCCCCAAUGCCCAAGCUCAACGAAGCCAAGCCAGACGUCGACCAAAGUGAGGCGUCUGCAGCAUUCUUGAGGGCGUCAGAAAGCCCUAUCUCAGCCAAGAGAUCUACUCAAUUUCCGAAGAGCCCUCAGACUACGAUCAUUAAUCUGCCUGGAGAGCCAGGCUCAGUGACAGAUUCGUCUUGGCAGGAUGAACAAGAGACCAAGUACGGACGACGGUCAUCGCCUAUUCUACCAAUUGAGGACUUGAGUGCGCUCACUCCCUCUACGGUGCGAGAUGACGAUGUGGCGAUGGACUUGGCUGAUAUUCGGUCGCCUGCAAUGCAAGUCCACCUGCAAAGGGCCUUGACAGUAACGGUUACACCCAAAAGUCAACAACGGAGCGGACUCGGCGUUGCGGAUGCCCCAUUGCCGCUAAGAGAGGAGAGCCGCCAGGCAUCCCUGGUUGCGCACAAGCCAACCGCCAGUGCUAAUGUCGGACUUGGAUCGGAGUUGCGAGGUGUCGCGGGUGUCCGCCCAACAUUUUCAGCAAGGGGAUACUCAACACGACCACGUCGGAGUGUGCCCCCAGCACCACUUGUUAUCCGCCGACCCGACAAUGUUUACGUUGAGCCGUCGCCUGUGGAAUCCGACGACAGUAUGGUGGAAGUUACUCAAAAUGUGGGAUCACCGCCUAGCCGAGAUUCGCGAUAUGGAAGUGCGCGCCAGUCAAUCUUAAAUGGGUCACGGCUUAUCCAGCGCCAUCAAUUAGAGGCGGACUAUGAUCUUGUCGCCGCCCUGUUUCCUCAGACCGACCUGAAAGCCAAUGCAAAGCUCGUGCCUAACUCUGGUUACCCCAGGUUUACAGCCCCGUUAGGAACACCAACCCCUCCUGAUACUGAUGAGGAGAGCGAAUACGACGAGGAUCUUGAUGCUUUGAUUGGCCAGACCCAAAGCACUCCUGCCAAGGCGGCCACGCACCUGUGGUGCCCCACAGCUUCCGUGGAGGUGGUUACUAGCACCACUACGUUGUCACUCUGGACCCCGGCUUCUAGGCCUGUGAGGAAAAUCCUGGCAGAGGAGAUAGCUGGACCGUCGAAACGUGGCCCUGUGAGGAAGGACCUGAAGCCUCUCGUAAUUGAAAGUUCAAGGCUGUGGGAGAAGCCUAGAUCCACGCCAGCAACUUCACAGAAUGGACUUUGGCAGUCAGCAUCUCAGGUUGAAACCCAAGUGGUGGAAACCGAGGUCCAGCAGCAGGCAAAACCACCCCGCCAUCCUCCUCGGCGGAUCAGGCGUGUCACAUUGUUGCCAGAUAUCCUGGAGAGCCCCAAACCGCUCCCUGAUAGGCGCGGCACACUUGGGAUCUUCCAAUUCCCAUGGGGCGAUCGGUCAGAUAGUGCGACUGUGACAGCUUGGCCAUUGGCAUCAAUGAGCGUGUCUGACAUGAUUUUCCAGGCUGGUGCUGUGGAGAGGGGUGCGAGUGGAAUGAGCAUGCAGAGCAACGUCUCGGACUUUGACAUGGACGACUACGAGCAGGAUGAUGGGGAGUACAGUGACUACUACGACUCCAGUGAAACGUACGACAGCGACGACGACGACAUGUUCGAGCGCGUCGAGCCUAUGCCUGUGGCCCAGUCAACGGAUAAAUGGCUCCAGGAUGCCCCACCAGGAAAAAUGCUGGUAUCUCACGAGGACGAAAUGGAGUCUCGAUCAGAGUCCGAGUAUGACGACGACCAAAACUCAGGAUCAGAGGAAGAGGAAGAGCCCAUGUUCUUGAAACAUUUCCAGAUGUUGGAGCAUGAGCCAGUAACAAAUGGGUGUGAAGAGAUGUACAGCAGCGGCGAUGUGAGCGAUGACAAAGCCAAUCAACGGACAAGUCUCCGCACACAAGUCGAGCACGACAUUGAACAAACUGGAGAUUACAGUACAAAAGCCGAUGCUAGCGCAAAUACCCCCACUACAACACCGACAAUGACGCCUACGGAUUUUGAUCUCCGGCAAGAAAAAACUCGAAUCAGGGUCCCAGACCGUCGGCAGCCGCAGCAGAUUGCAUCAAUAAGCAUGCCCGUGCCGCAGAUGGCUCGCUGCUUAUUGAUGGAAGUGGACCAAGCUUCACCUCGCGCACCAAUCACCGACGUCGAUUCCCCUCAUGCGGAUGAAGAGCCCUGCACUGACAGGGACUCCAAGUCCCGUGGCGCUCCAAGCGCAGGGCACCCGCCAGCGCCUGUGCUUCUGUUCCGCUUCCUGGAGGGUUCCAUUCCAAUUUCUAAGCCAGUCCGCGGCCAUGGCAGUGCCAGCGACACCGUCAGUGUCUCUCCGAGCCCGCUCCCACUAAAUCCGCUCGUCGUGUACAAAUCCGAGACCCCGACAGGCCGACAACAAACUCUGGUUAUUAACUUGGAAUAUCCUGAGCCUUCGUCUUCCAGUUCUUCUCCCUCUCAAUCUCAGUUUUCAUCCAUCCAGCAAACAACAACCGCUACUCUCAAAUCUUCCAUGGCUCUGUGGACUCCCAGCACUCCAGUCACUCGUCCUAACCACGGACUUGCUCAACCCGACAGCGCAACUUGGAACUCUUAUCUGCCCACUGGUGAGGCCGCGCGCCUCGUACCCGCCAAGGCCGAUAUGCCUUCUAUCAAGAGCAACUCCCUCUGGACCGCACCAGCUAGAAAGGCUGAGUACAACAACUUCGGACUUUGGGGAACAAAGCAACCUCUGCCCGGCAUGUGGACUCACUCUCCCGUCAACACAAAGAUUUCCUACGGUCUUCCCCAGCCCGAUGCAGAGACCUGGGCAACUUAUCUUAUCGUUCAAGACGAUGCCAGCCGAGUAAAGCCUAGAGAGGCCGAACCCGCAACUGUUUACAGCACUUCUCUAUGGGCCCCCGUCAAACCCGUUAUUUCCGAAACCCAAUCCGAGAACGGUCUCUGGAGCGGAUCAAGCUCCGCAACUUCGGUGAGCGGCUCCGAACCCUCCACUCCCAGCGAUAAGGAGUCCGAGGCCAUCAAUUUUGGUUUGUGGGAACCCCUUCCCGCUGUCGUCGAAAACGAAGAGCCUGUUGGUCUCUUCAGCCUCAGCCACCGCCGCACCAACUACAAGACAACCAAGUUGGCGCCUGCUGCCCAGGGAAUGGAGCGCUCGCCUCGAAGGCCUCUUGAGGCAUUCCCCGACUUUGGAUUUGCCCAUCUCUGGAACAUGGCACCACUCUGGGACUCCAAGGCCAACGCUGCUGCCAUUAAGUUGCAGAGCGAAAUUGAUUCGUUGGUCCUGGAGGGUCUAUUCAGCCUGAAUCACCGCCGCAACACUUACCGCACUACCUCCGCAAGCCCCGCAGCGCUCGACACACGGCCCAAGCAGCGCAUCUCGCAGGAAUCUCUGCCGAAGCUCACCUCAGAUAGCCUCUGGUCUGUGCACGUAUCUCGCAAGGAUGUUAGCGAAGUCAACUGGCUUGCUGUCUCCACAAUCAGGCCGAGAGCAACUUCGGUUGCAUCUUACUCUGAUAACGAAUCUAUCAUGUCUGUACCUGCCCUUACCAGAACUUCUUCAAUGAAAUCUGAGAGGUCGCGCCCCGCCGCUACCCCCGAAGAGUGGCUCGCUGCUCUUGACGAGGCCAUCAGACUGGGAUCUGGCAAGACUAUGGAUAUCGACACCGAAGAUUCGUACCAGCUCUGGUCCAAGCCUGACGUCGAUAUUGACGAGCCUGCUAUCGCCUCUGCUGACCUGUGGAAGCCCAUGAACAGCCGCUUCCUCGAGUUGACUCCUACUCAGAGCGAAUUCGACAAGCUGCAUUCCGAGUCUGGCACUUCUCAGCGUGGUCGUACCCAAAAGGCCCGUCCCCCGAUGCCUAUGUACCCUGGUUCUUCCUCAUCUGCUUUCCUCCCUGGCGCAAGCGAGACACCCCGUGACUUCAGUACACAGGGGCUCUGGGCUCGCCCUCAAUCUCCUGGAAUCAAGGAGAACGGAUCCUGGAUGGACAAGUCCCUCCGAAAGGGACUGUCAUUCGUGCAGCUGUGGUAA